AUGUCAGGUUUUAUACCAUUAAAUCAAAGUACUCCAGUUCAGCAGAGAUAUAGAGAGCCUAUACGAAAUCGUCAAAGAUACCAAAACUAUAACUUUAAUCACUCUCCGUACACUCAAAGAGGAAGUGUACACAAUAAUAGAUGGAGUAAUCAUUCACGGAGUAGUUAUAGUAGCAAUUCAAGUAAUAACAGCUGUGGCCAAGAAAAUAGGACGAACAUCGAUGCAUAUUUAGACCCAUCCAUGUUACAAGAUCCCUGGGAGAGUCUGCGACAGAAGAGUCAGUGUAAUGACAGAAGCACAUAA